AUGCAUCACUCCCAGUUCUUUUUGUUCCUUCUUUUGCCAUGGAUGGCUUUAGCUGGUCCGAUAUCUCGAUUGCUAUCUCAGUCAUCGGAGGCACCUGAGUCAUCCUCUUCUCUCCUGUUGCCAGAUAUCAAACGGCGUGAAGCUGGCGGUAUCACCGAAAUCACGCCUGUUGCGGGGCCUAUUUCGGCGCCUACUCAGAUACCAUUUACGUACGACGAGUCAAUAAAGCCAAUUACAUCGCAUGUGUUAACGACGACUCAGAACCCCACGACCUCCCUAGAGCCAACGACCUCUCUGGAGCCAACGACCUCUCUAGAGCCAACGACCUCGCUGAAUCCAUCGACGUCGCUGAAUUCAUCGACCUCUCAGUAUGCACAGACUUCGCAGAAGCCAACAACCACCUCUCAUGCGUCCACUACGACUCGGCGAUACACACCCUCGUCCUCAAGCCCGGAACUGCCGCGUUCAUCAAGUAGUCUCUCACCUGUCUAUACAGUUCCCCUCUAUAUGCCAAGCAUAGCACCCUCCUUUGAUUCCUCAAUCAUACCGGGUGCAUCCCAAUCUUCAUUGGCUGGGCUUUCAGAUGCAACAAACAGCACCAAAGCCGCCACAGCCACACCGUCAUCGAUAGCACCACUACCUACAGUGCCCACAAUACCUAAAGUUUCCACAACUAGCAGCCCAGCUGUGGGAGCCAUUCCAUCCUCAGGAGGAGCAAGCAGUAGCACUUCUUUCACAUCCGCAUCCACACCCAUGAUUCCAACCUCCAAUCCCAUCCAGCUAGCGAAUUCUACGCAGGCAAAAUCUACACCAGUACAGCCUGUCACAUCAGGAUUCAAGCCAUUGAUGACUGUAACCGAGCCUGUGAUUGUCUAUGUGACAAAAGGCGCACCAAGUCCAUUUUCAACAAGCGUUGGUCACCACGCAACCAAUGUCAAAAACUCAUCGGUGUCGUCGGCAAAUCUAACGGCAAAACCGUCUAUUGAACCAACAACUACGUCUUUGAAAUUUGUGACCAUUCAUUCCACAGCCACGUCGGUUGUUCAUGUGACUGUUUACCCAACAUCACCACCUGCUUCUUCGGCCUUGCUGGCCCCAACUGGAAAUGCUUCGAGUGUCAAUGCAGCGCCUAUAGACAAUGGCCCUGCGAAUACAACGUCAGCUGUGCCCCUAACUGUCCAGUCGACAACAUCAUCUCUUCCUUCGUCUUUUUUGUUGUCGUCCUCAGAAGAGAUUGCUCCUGUGGCGACAGCUCAUGUCACUUCCACAAGUGUUGUUCCUCUGACAAUUUAUUCAACUACACCGUUAUCUUCUUCUGUGUCCUUAUUGCUACCAUUCACAAGCGAGCUUGAAUCUAUAACAACAGUCCAUGUCACUUCCACAAGUGUUGCUCCAGUAACAGCCUACUCGACAACAUCGCCAUUGCCUUUGUCGCCGUCCAGUGAAUAUGGUUCUACAGUGACAGUACGUGUCACCUCCACAAGUGUUGUUCCGGUAACUGUUUAUUCGACAACAUCGUCUCCUCCGUUGUUGCUGUCCAGUGAGACUGCUCCUGCAGUGACAGCUCACGUCACUUCCACAAGUGUUGCUCCAGUGACAGCCCACUCGACAACAUCGCCAUUGCCUUUGUUGCCGUCCAGUGAAUAUGGUUCUACGGUGACAGUACGUGUCACUUCCACAAGUGUUGUUCCGGUAACUGUUUAUUCGACAACAUCGUCGUCUCCUCCAUUGUUGCCGGCCUUGAGUGAGACUACUCCGCAUGAGACUGCCCCUGAAGUGACGACCCAUAUUACUUCGACAAAUACCCUUCUCGUGACCCUUUCAGAGUCGGCUGCUACACGACCAGUGGAAACUGCACAUACAUUUGAUCCCACAUCUACCGUAGAUGCCAAUAUCGCUACCACGACCUCCAAGCCAGGCAAAGGCAUACUGACUGUGAAUCCGGUUACACCGUCUGGCUUUAUCACAAUCACUGAGACCGAGACUGAGACCGAGACAAAGACUCAGACGGUAACAGAUCGCAUUACUGAGACUGUCACUGCCACUGUUACUCGAGAUUGA